CAUUGUAAGCGAGUGCAGUGCAGUGUUUGGUAAUCACGACAUCUCUAAAAAUAGUGUAUUUUAAUUAUGAUACCAUUCCUCUGACUCUUCUGCUGACACAAAAGUGAUUUCGAUUAGUUGAACACCAUUUCAGAGUUAUGAGAUGAGCCUGAAAACACGCUCUCUGGUUUUCGUCACGUUCCUGGGCAACUUCGUGGCCGUGGGGCUGCUGGUGGCGGCCUUCACCACGGAUCGCUGGGUGGAGGCGGACGCGCGCCGACACAACAGCAGCGAGUCCACGGGCCGCGUGAACCUGGGCCUCUUCGCCGGCACCAAGGAGCUCAACGUGGGCUAUGGCGCGCGCAAGCACGACAUCUCCGUGCCGGCGUUCAUCGCAGCCGAGCCCGACCUCAUGAGCUACUGGCUGUGGCUGGGCACGGCGCUGGGCGGCGGCCUGGCGCUCUUCAGCAGCACGGUGGGCGGCAUCGCGGCCAUCCUCAAGUCGGCGUCGCGCCGCAAGCGCAAAGGCACCGUCGUGCUGCUGUUCGUCGCCAACGUGGCGUCCGUGCUGUCGCACCUGAUCGCCUUCGCGUGCUGGCUGGCGCAGUUCCUGCUGCACCUGCACGAGAACGUGCUGUCGCGCGAGGACCAGAGCAACCUGUGGUACACCGGCGGUCUGGCGCGCCUCGGCCUCAGCUUCCACAUCCUCGUCCUCGGAAUUGCCAUCGUCGUGCUCAACAUCGUCUGCCUCAUCAUCGCCGUGCUCCUGGAGCGCAAGGAGCACCGCGUGCCGCCCGAGCUGCUCUGUGACGAGAAGACGCAGGGCGUGAUUAUGCUCUACUGAGGCGCCGACGUGCGAAACACACUCUCGAAUACCUUUUCUACAAUCAUUUUCUACGCGAAGUAAUUAUUUUUUUGUACUUCUCUUUGGUAAGAUAACAUAUCAAAACUACGAUGAAUUAAGAAUAAAGACUUGAAAUGAACGCCUUGAGUUGCAUUUCGCAGAUUCG